AUGAUGGUUGAUAUCAGAACUGUGGCCAAGAAAGCGGGCGAGAAGACAGAGAAACAUUACACGAACGCAGAGAGGCGGCUGCUUCGAUUGGAAGAACAACAAGCGGCUAACACCACCAAAUUGGAAGGGGUUGAUGGUCGAUUUACUUUUGUUGGCGAUGAACUGACAAAGCUCACGGCUAAUUAUGCCUCAGUGACGGCCGAACUUGGAGAACUCAAGGCUCUUCUCCAACAAGUUUUGUCGCGGCCUCAAGUGGGAUUGAUGGAAUCAAAAUCACCAGAGGUUUCGCAGAAGGCGACUCAGGAAUCAAUAUUGUCAAACAACGUGUUGGGGCGACAGGAGAAGGCAAAGGCAGUCGCUGUAUCAAACUAG